AUGCUUGACGCAGAGGAGAAGCAGACCGCUCAUUUAGAGGACUCCGGACCACAAGUAAAUAUCCUUUGUUCGGUUCCAGGAUUUGUGGCACCGGAUCCAGACAGCGUCAACGAGAAGGUUACCCCCAGUAAUACAAUCAUGAACUGGGGUGGUGUGAAGAUAGCAAAGAUAUUUCCUGAUAUUGUUGUGAAAUUCGGAUCUCAUGUUACAUUCACCGAAGCGCAGAAUAUGAUAUUUGUCAAACAAAACACAGAAACUAUGCCGGUACCGAAGAUCUUUGCCUGCUACACUUAUGGCCCAAUACAGCGGGAUAUUGGAGACUACGGUAGUCUGUUCGAUACUUAUAUAUUUAUGAGUUAUGUCGAGGGCCAGAGCUAG